GCGGCCGUCCCAGCCAACUCCGGACGCCCCCCGCCCAAUCGAAGCCACGUCAGCUCGGUAACCCAAGCACGGCGCCACCAUCGACGCGCCCCUGGGAGUCAGCCACUCGCCGUGAGACGGAAGGCUGAAUCAGGGCAUCGACCUAUCGGAGCUGUGCUCAGGGCGUUGCCAUGGGAAUCAGGCACGCCUUGUUUGUAACUAACUGCGUCACACUGACAGAAACCAACCAAUGCCCUAAAGCCUUCAACUUCCUCAAAGACGGAGCCAAUGGAUUCUAAGAAGGACGUGCCGGGUGGAAGCAUAUGGUGGGAUGUGACCCGGAAGAAGAUCCAAGGAGGCCUGACAACACCGAAAAGGGUGGGCAUUCGGCAAAGAUCAGGUGUUCGCCGUAUGGGUUGGAAGUUCCGGUUUACCCGAAUUUCUCAUCUCGCGCUGUUCCCGCUAAGGACUAUGGCCUCGGCUUCUGAGGAGACUUUGGACUAGGGUCGCCAGCUGCUAGUAUUUGCGAUUGCGUGAGAACCAACCCGGAGUAGAGCCUGAAACUUGGUCCUUCCGAUGGGGGAAAGACAAAAAGCGAUUCAGUAACGGAACUCCGAUUUCAACCUGACGUCACAGGACAUCACUCAAAGGAUGUGAGGAUGACUUCAAACCUGCUUCUAUUGAUACCUCUUGUGAAGGAAAUCUUGAGGUUGGCAAAGGUGAACAGGUGACAAUAACUCUUCCAAAUAUAGAAGGUUCAACUCCACCAGUCACAGUUUUCAAAGGUUCCAAGAGACCUUACUUAAAAGAAUGCAUUUUGAUUAUUAACCAUGAUACUGGGGAAUGUCGCCUAGAAAAGCUCAGCAGCAACAUCACUGUGAAAAAAACCAGAGUGGAAGGGAGUAGCAAAAUCCAGUACAGACUAGAACAACAGCAACAGCAAAUGUGGAAUCUGCCUAGGACUUCCAACCUUGUACAGCAUUCUCCAUCAGAAGAGAAGAUGUCUCCAACAUCUCUAAUGGAUGAUAUUGAAAGAGAACUGAAAGCAGAAGCUGGUCGUAUGGACCAAAUGAGUAGUUGUGAUAGUUCAUCAGAUUCCGAAAGUUCUUCAUCUUCCAGUAGUGAAGACAGUUCGAGUGAUUCUGAAGAUGAUGACCAACUCUCUCCUUCGGGUCCAAGGAAAUACAGCUCAGAGCACCCUAGCGUGCCUGCUGGGCCACAGUACAGAACUUCAGGGGCGGAUGCUACUUGUCAUCGACUUCAGGACCACAGUACCCUUCUGAUGAGUACUUUACGAAGUGACUUGCAGCUGAGUGAGUCAGAAAGCGACAGUGAAGACUGAAGCAAUAUCAAGCUAUAGAGAAAACAUUUGUGAAAUGUGUAAGAAUCUGUUUUGUAUUGAGAAUAAAUAUUCCUAUGUUUAUGGAAAUUGUGCAACUUUUGCUGAAAAAUAAAGUUGGUUCAGAAUUUUCAACUAUUUGUUGGUAUUCUCAUGUGCUAUCUUCAUUUAGUCAUAACAAAAUGUUAUCACAUUUGGUAGAUGAAAAAACAGAUUCAGACAUUAGGGAACUUAACUUGCCCCAGGAAUUGCUAACAAAUGAGCUGCAGAUCCACUAUUCCAGAGUCUCUGUCCACUGUUCUGUUUUACCACAUUGUUGCCCCAAAUUGUGAAAUGCUAAAAUAAUUGAUUUAUAGUAAGAGUUUAUGAUUUUCAUUGUAGUUGUGCCUUUCCUAUCUGAUAUGCCUUAAAUUAUGACUGAAUAUACUUUAAUUCCUGCCAAUUUACACUUUAUAUAAAAUUGAAGUUAAAUAAUUAUCCUAGUAGAUGUUUUGUUAUCUCUUAUAA